AUGUCUGCUACUGCUACUGAAGCCCAACAAAAUGGGUCGAUUGGAACACAUGAUCAGCAUUCAACACAAGGUUCAACAGCACAACAAGCAAAACCUGAUACGCCUACAAACAAGACACCUAAUGAUAAGCAUCACAAGUUUAAAAAGAAGUUGGUUAGAGCCCAACCUGAUACAAAUGCAUUAAAGUAUAAAGCAUGGCUUGGGGGUCACAUCACUUCUCUUGUAUUUGGUACCAUUUCAUUCAUUUUCCAGGUUUUUUGGUUGCCUAAUGUCUACUAUAUCAAUUCAAUUUGUUACAGAUUGGCCUUGCUUGGUUCAGCAGUGGCAUUGACUUCUACAUUUAGUCACAAAUUCGGAUUACACUUUUUACCACCAGUGGCUACAUUAUUGAGUCAUGAGAAUUUUCAAUAUUUGGUCUUGACGAUUGUUUGGUGUUUUACAUUCAGAUCAGUGUUUAAGAUUUUUCCAUACUUUUUAUUGAGUAUUUUACACUUGAGUAAAGUAAAGAAUGUCAGUGUUGUUCUCAAACACGCAUCAACUGUAUCGUCAUGGAUCGCAUAUGACGAAUUAUUUUUGAUUUUCUACUUACUCAUCAGGACGUUAUUCUUUAGAAAUGCCAGUGGAUUUCAAUUGACCUUGUUUUUGAUUUUCUAUUGGUUGAGAAUAUUGUACAACAAGGAAACUGGUAACUUGUUUUCUGCUGUUGUUGAUAGGUUGGAUGGUGAAAUGGUGAAAGUAAAGAACCCAACAGUUCAAAGAAGAUGGGAAAAGAUAAGAGAGUUUGUCAAGGUGAAACAAGAACAAGAGCAUCAAGAUGAUUAA